GUACGAUAUAUCAUACCACCAACACCAGCGCGCCUGAUCACUGUCAACCAACCACGACUGCGUCAGCAGGCAGUCAUAUUGGAUAAACCUCACUCUCAGCACCGUGAUUACAUUAUGACCACCCGACUUCCCAGUUGCGACGGCCUGCUUACGAACUUCUCUUUGUAUUUCUUUUCAUCUGAAACCAGAAACCAUUUGACACAACCCAAGCUCGACACAUGAGAAAAGGCCAUCCCAAGAACAGCACAUCAUCAACAUUAUCCAUCAAGAUAGAUCCCUAAGACCAACCGACCAAAUCCACAAACCACAUCGAAAAAGAAAACAAAUACAAAGAUGCCACCCCUAAUCCACAUAAUCCGCCACGCCAAAGCCUCGCACAACCACUGUAGAAACAACAAACUUCCCGACCCGGACCUGACGCACGACACGCCCGACUCGGAAUCCUACAACGACGGGCACCAGCAGGUGCGACAACUCGCAUCGUACGUUAACGCGCACCGGCGCCCGCACAUAACACACGUGGUAUCGUCGCCUUCGCAGCGCGCCGUGCGGACAGCACAGAUCGUGCUCGAGGACGUGCUACGCGGUGCGGAGGGGCAGUGUCAUAAGAUUUGUGAGUUAUUUUUGUUUUCGUCUUCUUGUUUUCCUCAUCUUCCUGGGCUGCGUAUAUUAUGAAUAGGUGUAUAUCUACCAUCUCCUCCACAUGCAAACCCCCCCCCUCCUUUUUUUGGGGGGGGGG